AUGGCUACUAAUCUCCCAUCCAAACCUGGCUUCGAUACUCUUCCCAACGAACUUGUCAUAAGCAUCAUCGAGCGCAUGCCGAACGAUAACGCUAAGGAUAUAUGCAAUCUAAGCCUGACUAGUCGUCGCAUGUACACGCUUUCUGUCGAUCAUCUGUACAAAAGUCUUCUAGUACGACGUCCGUGGCCACUUCUGCGUACGUUGCGAUCCAGCCCGGAACUUGCAAACCGAAUUCGGGACAUUACAUGGAGGCACAACUUCAACGAUCAUGACGAUACCGAAGAAAAUCAAGCCGUCCUCUCCAGCUGCAUCAAGCUUCUAGAGUCGUCUCACCAGGACGGAUUGAUGCGUGAUUCUUCUGGGCUUCGGUGUGAUCACGAGUUCAUCGAGAUACUCCUAAUGUUCACUCCGAAUCUCCGUACGCUUGUUAUCGCAGAUAGAGCCUUCUGGCCUGAUGGCGAAUAUUGGUUCAGGAGGAUCGCAAACAACCCGGAUCGGUUCGUGCACUUGCGAACCAUUAAUAUACACGGUCCACUGUCAGUGGAGGCCAUAGCAUACUUGUUCCUCCUUCCUUCACUUCGGAACUUCAUCGCUUCGGACUUAGUUCUCCCCGAGCGCACCAACAACAGACGAGUUUGGGAUAACGAGAUUCCGCUUAGGACAGUGUUAGACCCUGGUUCAUCUCAAGUUGAGAAGAUCGUGUUGAAGCGAUCAGUUGUGGAGGUGCCGACGCUAAAAUACUUCACCGAAGCUUGCAGAGAUUUGAAGAGCUUCGCAUAUGAACAGGACAUCAACAACGAUCAGCGUGGCAUGUAUUCUCGAAGUCUCCUGUCUAAGUUUGGCGAGCUUUCAGCAGCUUUCAUUCUCAACCGCACAACACUCGAGCACCUCUCUAUCCGCGGUGACCAUCAGAUGCUUCGUCAGGAGCACGUACUACAGGUAGCACGAUUGGCUUCCAACAUGUCAAACCUUCGUUCGCUAGAUAUGGGCUUGAUCACACAUGACGACGACCCGAUACAAUGCACCUCCGAUUUUGUAGCAAAGAUGGUACGCCUUCUUCCGCCCACACUUGAAGAAAUGAGUUUUGAGAUUGACUGGCAAGAGCACUGGGGCUCGAGAGGGUGGGAGGGGCCAACAGAGAUGUUGCGCCAUCUCGCUACUAUCGCUUCUCCAAAGCUGUCCUUGAAGAAAGUCGCUGUGGUGGAUUGGCCGCCUUUCUUGGGUCAUUUCCCGCCAGAUUUUGCACGGCUACAUCAGUGCUUUGCGGAGCAAAGCAUAGAUUUCGUAUCCAUUCCCGCCAGCAUCGAAGGGCCGGAUCCGCUGCAGUUGUUAGACUUCGUAGAGCCGGGGUAUGUGUUCGUACAAGUCGCUGUUGCCGAGUACGCGUAA